CUGAAGUUAUAAAACACGUUUCCUCCCGGCCUAACUAUUGGAAGGACACAUUUAUUGAGCUAUGAUUGGCCAGAAAGAGGCAUACUAGAAGGGCGCAGGAUAAUUUCGAUAUUUGCUCAGCUAUGCAGCUUGAUUGUUUAUUGAGCUACAGCUACAGAAAAUGACCACUUUAGUUCUUGAUAACGGAGCUUACUCGGCCAAAAUUGGAUACAGCCACGAAAAAGUCAGGUAACAACGUAGCUACCUAGCUAACAAAUAUAACUGGCUAAACAUACCAUUGUGCUUUUUAUUGUUGGAUGUUUUAUAGAAGGAAAAAAAUGCAUCUAUUAUUGUGACCAAUUUCAAAGGAAGAAUGAGAUCGAAUGGUUAAGCUCCAAUCUGGGAUUCGUUUUUCAGCAAAACGGCAGCCACACCACUUGUUUUGGUAUAACGUUAGACGGGUUGGUUGUUCAGCAACAAAACCGACGCGUGCGCAACUAUGGGGCAAAACAGACAUUGACUUAGAUUGUUGACAAUGUGUAAACUAUUUUUCGUCUGCAAUGUUUAUAGAAAGCAUAUACAUUUCCACAAUGAGCACUUGUUGUCUCUCAAAUGCAUCGUUAGUUCUUAACUAGCUAGCGAAUCCAUAUUAGUGUUGACAUGAAAUCAGUAAAAACACCUCAAAACAAGACUGGAUGGUAUUACAUUUACAUUUGAGUCAUUUAGCAGACGCUCUUAUCCAGAGCGACUUAGUUAGUGAGUGCAUACAUUUUUCAUACUGGUAUCAAGAACAAUAUUAAACUAGCUGCAGCGAGUCUUACGAUUCCCCACAUGGCAGUUUCUUGUCAUUGUUGUUAGCUAUCUGGCCAUCCAGAAUCAACAACUCAUGGAUUUCUGCCCCAUUGAUGCGUGCACAUCGUUUUCGUGAAGUUGUCAGCUAACCCAUCUAUACAGAUGGGGCUAGGGAAAUGAGCUCCCUCUCAAAUUCUCUAGCUAGAUGCAAGGACUGACACUCCAUGGCAUGAACAUUAUAUUUUGAAGCUAUACGUUCUUGUUGUUAGUAAACAAUGGAGUAAUAAAACCUUUCAUUUGGGUAAUAGAGUAAAACAGUUGUACUAGCUCAUGGGGCAUUUAUAACUUAUAAUAUUCUUCAAUAAUCAAUGGGAAAUAUCAAUAAUAGAAAUUGUACCUUUUUAAAGGAGUUGUUCAGGAUUUUACAACAUGAUUUUAGAUGGUUCCUCACCCUGAAAGUUGUUUAUGUGCCAGGAGAAAUUGUAAUAAAUGGUUCGGUUUAAUGUAAACAGCCACUGCAACCUCCAAUUAACUUUAGCCACCGCAAGUUAACGAUCAAUGGAAGUGAUAGGGGCACGUGAGCAUGUAAAAAAAGAUCAAAUCUAAAGUUAAAAUAAAAAAAGAACAAAUCUAAAGUUAGCUAAGUUUGUAGUGGCUGUGUAAAGAAAACCGAACUAUGGAUUACAGUUUCUCCUGGCCCGUAGACUACUUUCAGGAUGGGGAACCAUCUAACAUCAAGUUGUAAAAUCCUAAACUACCUCUAACCGGCAGACCUCUUCCAUUUCAAGCAGAGUGCUCUUGUUUCUCUUUUCCCAUAGCGUUAUCCCAAAUUGUCAGUUUCGCUCCAAGACGUCAAGGUUGAAGACUUUUACCGCCAACCAACUGGAUGAGAUCAAGGAUCCCUCAGGACUUUUCUACAUUCUCCCUUUCCAAAAGGUGCGCACGUGAUCUGGCUAUGUCAUCCAGGGGGUUCCACUGCAUCUUGCCAGUAAAUUAUUCCUAGGCUUGGAGGACAAAAGGGGCACUGCAUCCAAAAUACUAAAAUGCUUUUUAUUGUCUGUUCUGUUGCAGGGUUACCUUGUUAACUGGGAUGUCCAAAGAAAAGUGUGGGAUCACCUCUUUGGAAAGGAAAUGUUUAAGGUGCUGUUGAUCCAAUGUUUUAUGAUUAAUGAUUUUCCACAAUUAGCUGAAUCACAAAUGUUGUGUAAGUAACGGGGAAGAAGUUGCAAUGUGUAUGUUAUGGUUGCAGGUGGACUUUGCAGACACCAGUGUAGUGAUCACAGAGCCCUACUUCAACUUCACCUCCAUUCAGGAGUCCAUGAAUGAGAUCCUGUUUGAGGAAUACCAGUUCCAAGCAGCUCUCAGAAUUAAUGGUGAGUUCAAUGUACUCAGUAUAGGACUUCCCCAGUGGCCGAAGGCUUGUGUGUUUUCAAUUAGUAUCUAUACUAGAUCUAAGAUAUAUAUUUUGAUCUUACACUAUGACUGAAUGAUCAAUUCAACCACAUGCAAGUUAAAUUAUGAUGAUGAUACAGACCUGGGUCAGUGAUAAUGGUAGAAAGUCAUCCUACCUGGGUGUGUAAUGCGGAUGUCCUCUCUGUUUCAGCUGGAUCCCUGAGCGCCCACCGCUACUUCCAGGUGAACAACCAGGAGCUGUGCUGCAUCGUGGUGGACAGUGGCUUCUCCUUCACCCACAUAGUCCCCUACUGCAGGGGGAAGAAAAUGAAGGAUGGGAUAUGCAGGUUAACACUACUGCUAUUAAACAUUAACAGUGCAGAAAUGUUACCAAAAAUUACUAUAAUUUUCAAACACUUGCUACGACAUGAUUCAAAAUGACUUUGGAAUAUUGCAAAUCACAAUUGUAUUGUAUACACCUUUUACCAAACCUGUAACCUCCACAUGGAUGUCUUAAAAAUACAUAUUUUAUUAAAUACGGUAGCCUUUGGUAUUAUUUAUUUGUGCUGUGCCCUAAAGCUAAUGCCACAUGGUUUUGGGACAUAGCUAUUAGCAUGUAGCACUAUUUUGAGUUGACCAUGGUUUCAUUUGGUUUCCCUUGGUAGGAUCAACGUAGGAGGCAAGCUACUGACCAAUCAUUUGAAGGAGAUUAUUUCAUAUAGGUAAGAUUGUCAUGUCAAACUGACAUUGAUUAUUGUGUUUAUAGUUUUGUACAACUUCUCCAAUGUCACAUGUUUGUGCAGAAUUGUAAUUUAUAUAAUUUUAUUGCGCUAAAUGUCAUUCCUCAACAGGCAGUUGCAUGUCAUGGACGAGACCCAUGUAAUCAAUCAGGUGAAAGAGGAUGUGUGCUAUGUAUCCCAGGAUUUCUACAAGGACAUGGAUAUAGCACAGUAAGGACAUUUUUCAUUUUUACUAGAGCAUCGUCUCACCUGCUAAACUAGACACAAGUCUGUAUGAGCAUUUCUAAGGACAAACUUGUAGGCUAGUAUUUAAUUGAAGCAGUUAUGUCAGUAGACGAGUGAGACAAGACAAUUGCGUGAGAGUUGAUUGAAAGGUGGUGAUCCUCUCUGUUUGCAGGUUAAAAGGAGAGGACAACACAGUGAUGAGAGAUUAUGUGCUACCAGAUUUCAGCUCCAUCAAGAAGGGCUUUUGCAAGGUAUGGAUUCUUCACACACAUUUAUAUGAACCCAUUUUCCGUUCUAUACAUUGUUACACCUAAAUUACCAUUUAAGGAGGUUGUGGAAGUAGUGGAUGGAGUAGUCCCCUGUUCUGACUAUCCUCUGUGUCUCCCCCAGCCAAGAGAGGAGAUGAACUUCACAGGGAAAUACAAGACCGGAGAGCAGAUCCUGCGCUUGGCCAACGAGAGGUUCGCCGUCCCAGAGAUGCUCUUUCACCCCUCAGACAUCGGCAUCCAUGAGAUGGGCAUUCCUGAAGCACUAGUCAACUCCAUCAACAACAUGCCAGAGGGUAGGAGAGAGAACAAUAAUCACACUUUCACUCACAGUCAUACGAGAGAUUGAACAGGUGAAGAGGUGUCAAUUAAAUACAAUGUCAUUUUCUCCUGUUUCCUUGUAUAGAGAUGCAGCCCCACUUCUACAAGAACAUUGUCCUCACUGGGGGUAACGCAUUGUUCCCAGGGUUCAGAGAUCGGGUGUACAAAGAGGUCCGCUCCCUCACCCCCACCGACUUCCAGGUUUCUGUGUUGCAGCCACCCAAGUGAGUGCACAAGCAGGGUCUUCAGCUCCCACAUCAUUUUGCUUCGUCACCAUAUUAAGUGAAAAUAAACCCAUGUUACAUUAGGGAGUUAUGCUCUAUUUAGAAGAGUGAAGAAACAACAAACACUAGACAUUGCAACUACUUUUUAUGGCUUAACAUUUUUAUUUAGGCAGUAAAAUCUUAUCACAGACUUUAAAUGAACGCGUUACCUUUCUCUCUCCGUAGUCCAAUCUCCUACCCAUGGGAAGGAGGCAAGCUCCUGGCAGGAAACCCAGACUUUGAUGAGAUGGUGGUCACUCGCGAGGACUAUGAGGAGAAUGGACAUUUCAUUUGUGAAGAAAAGUUUGAUAUCUAAAGGACUUUAGUUGUAAUAAUUUGUCUCACUAAGGUCAUUGGGCAGAGGAUGGCUGAAGCAACUACAGCAGAUCCAACUCUUGCAUUUUUUUUUAAAACUGAAAAUGUCAUUGGAAUUCAAAUUUCUAGUACCAUUAUUGGGAUGCAAUCUUUUCAUUCUUACACGUCUUUGGCUAUCAUUAUAAAUGUGUAAACAUUGAAUCGUAGGUAGUGUCCCUCAAAGGAGUGUAGAAACCCCUCCAGAGGAUCAUCACAACGUACCAAUUCAUAUUUACCACUGGAUUUGCUGGCAAACCAUAAAACCAAAUUCUAACUCAAGACUCCACUGGACAAUACAGUAACAAACCACCCGUAAAGCCCCUCACUCAACAGUAAAUUGCUGCAGUGAGUUUAUUUGCUAAAUAAACAUAUUCCUCAAGAGUCCAUUAGAUGUUGAUCAUUAUUUUUCCCCUACUUACAGAUUCAACUUUACUAUCAACUUUUGUAGAAUCAACUACUGUCUAGGGAGAGGGAUCAUGGAUCCAUCUGUGUCAUAGAAUAACAGACAUUUCUUUCUAUGAGAAUGAUGGUUCUAUAAAACUUUCUCUGCAGGAAAGGCUUGUUCUGUUACAUCUGGCACCUGACUAAAGUGGCUGUUAUUUAGUGAGGAUCAUUAUGAGAUAUGCUUAUGACAAGAUGCAUUACAACCACAUCUUAAUGCAUUGUACCUGUAGGUGUAACAGGAUAAAUAACCAUGGCAAGAAUAGGUGAGAAAUCCCAAUUGAGAUCAGGCACUGGUGUCUUUACAUUUUAGUCAUUUAGC